CCGAAACAUUAUCUACUACUCCUUCUCCUCCUCACUUCUACCUCUGCCCUAGAGUCUAUCCUUCUUAAACCCCUCAUCCGCAGUCUCUCCAUAAUCCGUCUGUAUAUCGUCAUCCUCCGUGGGCUUUGUGGCCUCUUAUCUUUACCCUACUUGCAUUGUGGGUUGAAACGCCAUUUAUCGGACAAGAAUCGACAGAAGAGCGGACCAUGAUUGUUUAGAUUGGAUACAUUGUCAUCGUCCCUUUUCUCUAUUAGUCUAAUCAUUGACCGGCUGCGAGAAGCACUUGGAGCCGCUGCGGUGCCUUUUUUUUUGCGAAGAGACAUUAUCUUGUUCAGCCCUCACUCCGUUCGGCUGUUCAUCUUAUUUAAAGUGCAUAAGCUAGCUGCCUUCGAGUGUUUGCCAACUGAAGAGCACAAUGUCUGGAUAUAUGGGCGGCCCCGGCCAGGUGAUCGAGUAUAUCCAAGAUCGCCUGUACCUCGCUUCCUACGACUCCCCACCUGACCCGAAGGCUCCGUUUCCCUUCCCUCUCGAACAGUCCAAAUCUCCCAGCAAACGAUCCGCGCGAGGCCAGCCCCAGACGCCUAGCAAGAAGCGUUACCCUGUAUAUUUCACCGCAGACGAUACUCUUUUUUAUAACUCCUUCCAUGCAGACUUCGGUCCUCUUCACAUAGGACAUCUCUAUCGCUUUGCGGUCCAUUUCCACGAGAUCCUUGGCGAACCCGCAAAUAAAGAUCGCGCGGUGGUCUUUUACUCAAAGAGCGAUCCACGGAGCCGUGCCAACGCAGCAUGCCUUGUCGCUUGCUAUAUGGUUCUCAUCCAGUCUUGGCCGCCACAUCUUGCCUUGGCCCCAAUCGCACAGGCUGAUCCGCCGUACAUGCCUUUCCGGGAUGCGGGGUACAGUCAAGCAGAUUUCACUUUGACCAUCCAGGACGUUGUGUAUGGAGUAUGGAAGGCGAAGGAACAGUCGCUUUGCAGUCUGAGCAGCUUCAGUCUUGAAGAAUACGAGAAGUUCGAACGUGUCGACAUGGGCGACUUCAACUGGAUCACCCCUCAGUUCCUCGCCUUCGCCUCCCCGCAACAUGAACCUGUCGCACCAAUCCCUUCCAACACCCCUGAAUACGCUGCGUUGCCAUCAACAGUUUCCCAGGUCAUCUCGUCGAAGCUGCCACUUCCGUUCAAGAACGUACUGGCCCAUUUCGCAACGCGUAAUGUAGGUCUCGUUGUGCGACUCAACUCAGAGCUGUACUCUCCGUCAUACUUCACGGCUUUGGGAAUCAACCACAUUGAUAUGAUAUUUGAAGAUGGUACUUGUCCUCCAUUGCCGUUGGUUCGAAGAUUCAUCAAGAUGGCACAUGAGAUGAUCACAGUCAAGAAUAAGGGGAUCGCAGUCCAUUGCAAGGCCGGUCUUGGUCGCACGGGUUGCUUGAUUGGUGCCUAUCUUAUCUACCGGUACGGAUUCACCGCCAAUGAAAUUAUCGCCUUCAUGAGAUUCAUGCGUCCCGGCAUGGUGGUUGGUCCACAGCAACAUUGGCUGCACCUGAACCAGGGCUCAUUCCGCGAAUGGUGGUUUGAGGAUACCAUGAAGGAAAAGCUAGCCCAGAUGCAGCCAGCACCGAUUACACCUGGAAGAGCAUCUACCAAGCAACGUGCCAACAACGGCCCGAUUGCGACACCACCCAACAAUAGUCAAUCCAAGCGUUCCGCGCUUGGAGAGAUUGAUCACAACGAGGGUGCCGGAACGCAAAGCGAAGAGUACCUUCCUGCUCCAACUCCUGGCCAACCUCGCAAGUCCCAUCGGAAGGACUCUCGUCAUCAUCCCUAUGCACGCACCACGUCUGGCACUCUCCUUAUGGACAAAGACACGAGCAAGACUGAAGAGCAGACCAGGCAGCGAAGUUCCCGUCUCAGCAAUGACAGCAGCGAAAGUGAAGAGGAAAUCCAACUGCGCAUGUUGGCCAAGCGUUCUUCCCGAUCGCCCGUGGCGUCACCAAGCCAGCGAUCUGUCAGUUACUCUGCUACAGUGACUGCCAGCUACACCUUGACAGAUGACAUCCACGAGGACAGAGAGAAUUGGGGGGAAGCUGGACAUGCUGCACCGAAGACUCCCUUGAGCAGUAAGAGCGGAAGUGGCGCCAUUUCGGUCACCAAAGUUCGUACAAGCCCUCGGCGAGUAACCGACGGCAGAAGCGCCUCCAAAGGCGUUCGCAAGAUCAGCGGCCGAAUCGGUAGCACAGGGAGUCCCACACGCGUCAAGUGAACGAGGUUGCUCGUCUUUAUCUUUUUUUUCCCUUCGACGUGCUGGCUGACUUCUUCAACCGCUUUCUUCUCUCUUUCAUUUUCUUGGUCUUGGGUGAGGCCAUAUUACAUACCCCCAGUCAUGGAUAGCCCGUCAUCGCUUGCUGCAUUUGCGCUACCAUUAGUUUAAUGCUUCUUCUCUUGUUUCUUGGUUAUUCGCUGGAGUCCGGGGUUCAAAGCUUGACGGGUCUGGAUUUGUGCGUUGUGGCGUAUGGUUGCAUUGUUGACGAUCUGAUGAUCUAGACGUUGGCACCGAAUCGAGCUCUGAAAACACGCAAAAUGGUCAUGGUGGUUGUGUGACUUCUGGUAAUAGGGAGAGUUUCGAUGAAUGGUCGUUUGGCGAUUGAGUUGAAUGUGUGUGUGCAUAUGUGUAUACAAUCUACAU